AUUUUUUAUCCAAAACUUUUGAGCUGACAAAGUGUCUGCUUAUCCGCUAUUCAUUUCUAUCCAUUUAUAAUUUAAGUGUUUAUAAACGGUUCCAAAUAUGAAUCUAAAUUUGGAUGAACCACCCGUUGCAUCUUGAUAUAACAGGAAGUACUUCCCUCUAAUUGUAGCAUAAAAAGUAGAAAAUGUGCUGCAAUCUUCAUACAUUGUUUAUGCAUACCAUUCUAUCACAUCUUUAUGCCAACAUAUUGCCCAUCAUUAGUCUUCACUGAAGAGAAUCUGUCUCUAUUGGAAAAUUUUGGAAGUUUAAGCUCUUAAUCUUAUUUACUGUGCAAGAAGUGUUUUAUAGAUAUACUUGAAUGGUGGUUCUUGUUUCGUCCCUUUAUAGGUCUUCUUCGGUGUGGGAAGAGUUGCAGACUACGAUGGACAAACUAUCUUAGGCCAGACAUUAAACGAGGUCCCUUUAGUCCCGAAGAAGAGAAGCUUGUCAUACAACUCCAUGGAAUUCUUGGAAACAGAUGGGCUGCCAUUGCUGCUCAACUACCCGGAAGGACGGACAAUGAAAUCAAGAACUUGUGGAACACCCAUCUGAAGAAGCGUCUGGUUCAGAUGGGCAUUGAUCCCCAGACUCACGAGCCUUCUUCGACCUCUAACGGUUUUCUCAAACAACUCCCUGCGUCUUCUUCUACUCGUCACAUGGCACAAUGGGAGAGCGCUAGGCUUGAAGCUGAAGCUCGCCUUUCAAAAGAAUCACGACUCUUGAUCCCAUUGUCCGUGGGGAAAUCUGAUUCUGAUUUUUUCCUGCGCUUGUGGAAUUCCAAGGUGGGUGAUGAAUUUCGAAAGUUAGAGAAGGGAGAAGAGAAAACAGCUUGUCAAAGUGCAGUCUCGUCUUCAUCAACAAAAUGUGAAUCCAUUUCAGGUUCCAAAACAGAAAUGGCACCUGCUGCAGCGGGUUCUUCGGCUGCAGGGAGCAAUGAAGAUGAUGAUACAGACUGCAAAUCCUACACCGAGGAUGUCGUCCCACCAUCAGAUUCAUCUUGCUCCAAUGAAUUGGAAGAUUCAUCUGAAUCUGCAUUACAACUUCUUUUAGACUUCCCUCACAACAAUGACAUGAGCUUCUUGGGACAUAACGAUGACUCUAGCUCCAUAUCGUUUAACUUUUACUAGAAGUUAUUACAAAUUACUCUCCUGAAGCAUAUACAAAAAUCUGCCCCUCUGAAGGAUGACUUUUAAAAUUUUGGCUGCUGGUUUUUGUGCAUCUCCGGAUAUGGAGAAAUGCAGGGGAGAGUCGAUCUACCAAUGUAUUUGAUUAUCAUUUAUGGAGAUUGGAGAAAGUUUCUUCUUAUUGAAAAUUUACUAUAGUUUGUUACACGGAAUUUGCUUUACUCACAAGUCCAAAGCACCCUAACCACACGAGCAAUUGAAAAUAUAUCAAUUGCCUUAAUAAAACCAACAAAAAAAAAA